AUGAUGUAUCAAUGUUGCUAUGAAUAUAUUGAUUAUUAUUCAAUGAAGUUUGAAUAAAUUAAAUAAUACAAUGGCAACACCAAUAAAAGAUCGUGUUAUUCCUGUUAUGGAUACUUUGGUUAAAUAUGACAAUCCAGUCCUACUUACCACUUAUCCAGAAAAGGUAAUAAAAGAAGUACCAAAAAUUGGAGAAGUAGUUUGUAAAGUUGAAACCACUGUUCCUACUCUUGAUACAAGACAUGAAACUUCUGAAAUUUUAAAUAAAAUUUUGCCACCUAAGCAAUGGGAAGAAGAUGGUCAAAUUUGGACUCAACAAGUGUCAAGUACACCAGCAACAAGAUUAGAUGUUAUUAAUUUACAAGAACAUCUAGAUAUGAAAUUGCAACAAAGACAAGCAAGAGAAACUGGUAUUUGUCCAAUACGUAGAGAGCUUUAUACACAAUGUUUUGAUGAAGUAAUACGUCAAGUUACGAUAAAUUGUGCAGAACGUGGAUUACUUUUACUUAGAAUUCGAGAUGAACUUAAGAUGACAUUAGCCGCAUUUCAAACUUUAUACCAAAGUAGUAUUGCUUUCGGUAUGCGUAAAGCUCUUCAAGCUGAACAAGGAAAGGAAGAUUUAAUUGCUGCUGCAGAUGAAUUACAGUUACAGAAGAUUGAAUUAGAAAAAACAGUUGUUGAAUUAAAACAGAAAUUUGAACAAGCAGAAAGGAGAGCUGCUGAACUACGAGAAGCUGAAGAGAAAAAACAUAUGGAAGAAAUACAAUUUUUGAGAAAAACAAAUCAACAACUAAAGACGCAAUUAGAGGGAAUUAUUGCACCAAAACGAUAAAAUAAAUAUAAAU